AAAAUACCAUGCCAAAUCUCACCAAUAUGUACCAGAAUGUGGAAAGGGAAAAUCAAAAUAGUUUUUCAAGUUCGAGGAAAGCAUCCAGCAAACGCGUGAGGAAAUUAGAAAAGACGACGGUCCAGAUUAUUGAAUUAAAAAAUGAUGAUAUAGACAUCGAUGAAAAAAUACACGAGGAGAAUCCUUAUGGAGAUUUUUAUGUAAACGAUGAAACUCUAUCGGAUAUUGCUGUAUCAAACUUUGAAAAAAUAAUCGAAGAAAAAUCCAAAAAUGACGACGAUGGUUUUAAGAAAGAGUAUGCGACAUUGGCUUAUGGAGAAAGGUAUCCCUGUGUAAUUGGAAAACUUCCCGAAAAUCUCACAAAGAACAGAUUCAAAACGACUUCUCCGUAUGACCAUUCGAGAGUUCAACUAAAGAAAAAGCAAUCAGAUUAUGUCAACGCAAAUUAUAUUGAUGGUCUUAAAGAAGACAACGUUUACAUCGCAACACAAGGACCUAAACAAAACACGGUGGCCGAUUUUUGGUGCAUGGUUUGGCAGGAACACAUUGAACAAAUCAUAAUGUUAACAAACGUCAUGGAAGGAAACACGGCAAAAUGUUUCCAGUACUGGCCAGCCCUAGAAACCUCUAUGGAUUGUGACAGUUUUACAUUAAUUACAACUGAUGAAAGACACUACGCGUACUAUGUUAUCCGUAAGCUGAAAAUGAUACACAAAAAGGACAACAAAUGUAGAACGGUCAACCAGUAUCAUUACACUUCCUGGCCGGAUCACGGCAUACCUGAACCGCUUUGUCUUUUAUUAUUCAACAACCACGUUACAAGAACCAAAAAUGCAACAAAGAAAAUCCAUGUGUUAGUACACUGCAGUGCUGGGAUCGGAAGGACAGGAACCUAUAUAGCUAUAGACGCCCUGUACGAAGAAUGUAAACAGAAGAAGAGGAUAAACAUUGCCGAUUAUGUAGAAAAAAUGCGAGAAAAAAGAAUGAAUAUGGUCCAGACAUACGAACAAUACAAGACAAUCUUCUUGACUCUUCAUGAAGCGAUUAAGGCGCCAGUUGCCGUUUAUGAUACAACAGAGUUCCUUUCAAAACUAAAGACUACGCACAAAGACAAACCAACUAAUGUUUCAUUACUUAGGAAAGAUUUCAAGAGACUUGUGUCAAUUUGCCCAAAAUACACGGAGAAAGAUUACAAAAUGGCGGCACAACACAAAGAUAUAUCGUCCACAAUCAAACCUCUUGACAAAUAUGUUUUGUUCCUGACGUCGUAUGUUCCAAAGCGCGGGACUUACAUCAACGCAAUAUCUCUGCCCUCUUUCACCAAUCCAACUGCGUUUAUAGUCACCCAUUUCCAGACAACAGAUAACGCCGUAGAUUUCCUGCGACUGAUCACUGAUCAUGACUCAAAAGUAGUCGUAUCCAUGGAACCGCUCUCCAGUGCUGAAUCUGAAAACAAAUGGAUGCCAUGUAUAACAUCUAGAUUAGAAACUAUAUAUCCGUUUAAAAUUCAACUACAGCAAGAACGUAUAACAGAAAUUAAAUGUUGCCAGGUUAAAAUAACGAAAAAAGCUAAUGGGGAUCAAACCUGGUCGGCUGACCUGAUAGAGCCAAUGUUUAGUCUCGACCCUGGUGACCCUCGGGCAAUUUCUCAAAUCGUGGGAUUGGUGUCGUUUGUACAGAACACAGAGACAGAGGGUCCGAUUAUUAUAAUCAGCAGGGAUGGAGCCGCUCUGUGUGGUGUUUUCUGUGCUGUAUACAACCUGAUACAACAAAUGACAAUGGACGAGGAGAUAGACGUGUUCUCUGUGGUCAGACUCCUACAAACACGACGUCCUGAACUGUGCUCAACUAUGGAGGAGUACAUAUUAAUCCACGAUGUUUUGAUGGAGUUUCUGCGGUCUGGAACGGAGGGACAUGUUUACUACAACCAAUGAAUCUGUAUUAUGAACUUUUUGUCUACUGAAUUCAGAGUUUUAUCAGAAACAUAGGUGUAUAAAACAUGGACAAACUAGUUCGCUAAUUGUUAUCAAACACUAAGCAAAUAAUUAUUAUCACUUUAACCAAUGUUUGUUUCAAUGUAAUAAAUAUAAUG